UCCAUCAAUUGCAUGGUGGUCUCAUUUUCACCCUUUCUAUUUCGUUUGGUGGUACCCAUUUCCAUCUCACCAACUCUCAAAAACCCUCCAAGUCAUCCCCUCAUCCAGAUCAAACCAUUGCGUUGGACUCCAAUCUGAACGAAGGACGGAUCAAACACCGCCGCAAUGUCGACCCCAGCCGUCAACAAACCCGUUGACAUCAAAACCAAAGAUGCGGAUGUCAACAACAAGUUACAGCUAUAUGGCAUCUACACUGCCCUUUCCCAAGGCAAAGUCCCCUCAAACAAACAGAUUGACAUCGCUCUCAACAGUGUCAUCGAUUCCAAUGCCCUGGCUAGCCCGUCAGGGAAGCUCUCUCCCGAGGGUCGGAAACUCGUUGGCGAUCUGCGAGCUGUCAUCCAGAAGGCGAAGCUCCUUGUCCUCAUGAAGAACGACGGCAAUCUGCUUCAGGACUUCAUCUGGCAGACGCAGCAGUUUCAUACAGGCGGUGCGAAGGCGCCUGGUGCACCAGUUGGUAGGGAGACCGCGAAACAGGAGGGAGAGGAGGCACUAGAGGGCUUGAGGAUGCUUGGGACUUUGUUGAUCUCGAAUGGACAGUUUAGGAAGCUCUUGAAUGAUGCCGCUUUUCUUCUUCGGUCCAUGGCCGGUGAUGCUGCUUCCAAUGCUGCCACUCGGGUCAACCCGUCUCAGGACCAGCUUGACCAGAUUGACCAACCGGCAGAGGACAACACCUGGCGCGAAGUUCCUAAUGUUUCUCGUUCCAGCAUCCAGGACCAGGUGAGGGCAGCCUACCAGGAAAACAAGCCUUUCGGCAAGGAAGAGGCCAACCAGGCCGCUAGUAAUGCCGCUCACGCAGCAACUGGCACUCGUGAUCCUGCACAGGGUACUCAAAUUGCUCAACAACAGGGAGCUGUCGAUGCUCCAAGUGGCGCUACUGCAGCUACUCACACCCUCCAAGGCGCUGUGGACCAGAAUGUUCCCGACGAGACCAAGGAGAAUACGAAGGAAACGAAAAAGAAGUGGCAAGAGUCUAGUAGGAACUAUCUCUCCGGCAAGAUGCCCAAGGAGCGACGCGAGCAGACCAUUUGGCGUCUCAAGAAGAUGGUGGUCGAAAUUCAAGGCCAUCAAGACUACCAGCGAGCAAUCGAGACUCUCCUCCGUCUCGCCGAGAAUUACAAGGGCCACGCUCGCUCAAUGACCAAAGAGGGGACGAGCACUGCCAAAGGUGUUCACUCAAAUGAUAGCCUAUCGAUGGCGGAAGCUGACUUGAAGACUCUGAUCGAACGUUUUGCCAACUCCACCUCCUUCGAUGACCUCUUCGAUGCCAUCAAUCAGAUCUACCGCGAUGCCGACAACGACAAACAGCUUCGUGGCUGGUUCCAAGGCAUGGACCAUUUCGUCCGACGAUGCCUGCAAGAGCAAGGAUUCAUCAUGCAAGAUGAGGCUAAUGAGGAAUGGGACCGUCUCUAUGACCAUGGAAACUAUCUCCUUCGCGACAAGUACCGAUCUCACACCGACCGUGUGCUUGACGAGAUCAAAUUCUUCAGCACCCAGUUCGAAGAGGACCCGCAGAACAAAGCGUUCGGCGACAGUGUCCACAAGCUGUUCUCCGAUCUUGCCAAUGAUGAGAAUGGCAAGCAUGCCCUGAAGCCUCAUCUCUUGAAGGAUCUCACCGAGGUCAUUAUCCCGGGAUUCCUCGAAAACGUUCGCUAUGUGCCGAUUCCGCGCAUCGAAUUCUCCGAUAGCCAGGUGGAUGUCGUGGUUGAGAACCUGAUCAUUGAGAGCGACAACUUGGCCCCCAAUGUGGUGGAGUUCACCUCCGACAACUACUUCCGAUGGGGACGUAAGAAGAUCGCGAGCAGGAACAAGAACCAAGUCACGCUCCACGUUUCUGGCGUCCAGAUGGACCUUCGCGAUGUGAGCUUCUAUGUCAAACGGAAGCAGGGCUUCCCCUCCAUCACCGACACCGGUGUUGCCGAUAUCUUCCUCCCGGGCGAUGGUCUCUCAUUCAAGAUUGAUAUGGAAACUGCCGACGACCUGCGUGGUCGCCACAAGUUCUUCAAGGUGAAUAGGGUGAGGGUUGACAUCAACGGCUUCGACGUCAAGCUCAAGCGAUCCAACCACAAGCUCCUCUUUGCUCUUGUGAAGCCCCUACUCUUCAAAGUCAUGAGGCCUGCCUUGACCAAGAUCAUUGAGAAGCAAAUCAAGGACUCCGCAAACCAACUCGACGGUUUCCUGUACGACAUCCACACGGAAGCCAAACGUGCUGAGGCCGACUAUAAGCGGAACCCUGACCCGGAACAAGCUCGCAACAUCUACCAACGCUACGCCGACGCCGCGAACAAGCGCUUCAUGCAAGGCAAACGGAAGGCCGAACGGGCCAAAGCAGCCACGGAAGACAAGAAGGUCAACAUGGCCGUCACACAGCAAGAGAGCAUCUUCCCGAACAUCAAAUUGCCUGGCGGCAUCUCGACCAAGGCCACCGAAUACAAGGAACUCGCUGGCCGAGGCGAAAAGUGGGAGAGCCCUGUGUUCAGCAUCGGCUCCGCCAGGGAAACGACUGGCGUCCCAAAGAUCUCGAAUAUCAGGAGAAAGGGUGGUGCUGCGAAGGUCCAAAGGGACAGGGGCGGUCAGGGUGCCACCGGUCACCUUGGUCAGACCGCGGAGAGCUACAGGACCGAUGCGAACCAGGCAUUCCAAACGAACCCGUCCGCCCAGCCACAGGGAACCGGACCACAUGGAGACCUGGUGCAUGGAAACCUAGUACAGGAAGCCAUGCCAAAGGAAGGUCUGGCUCAGGAAACCCUGCCGCAGGGAAUCGUACCACAGGGGAGCGUGCCCCAUCCCCAGGCGUCCCACCUCCCAUGAUCGAAAUACUCUCCGAAAUCAGUCGCAUGGGUAGCUCAACCAAGGCU